AUGGCGAGAUCAUGCUCCGAGGAUGUGUUGCCCGACAUUCUUUGCAGAUUGCGUGUAAAAUCUCUGAAGAGAUUCCAAUGUGUCUGCAAAUCUUGGUAUGCUCUAAUUAGGUGCCCAAGUUUUGUCACCAAACACCUCCACUUUAACAGCAGACAGAACAAGAAUAAUCGUUCCUUCCUGCUUUCUCACUCCCUGGAUGUUGCUUAUAAGUUAGAGUUGCCAACUGAUCAACAAAAAGGCACUCGUUUCAGCUUGGUCCAUAUUGAGGAAACCACAGAUGAUAUUGUUUCUCUUGAUUGGAUCAAGUUUACAGAUAAUUCAGAGCAAGGAAAGAAGUUUCCGGAUUAUUGGUAUGAAUAUAAUAUAGAAAUUUCUGGUCCACGCAAUGGGAUAUAUUGCUUACAUGAAUCUUCUAGGGAUCACGGCCAUGUAAUUGCGCUGAUGAAUGUUUCACUGAGACAAUUCAAGCUAGUUCCAAAACCAGAAGAAUCGAUUAUUUCGCAUACAGGUUUUCUAUCACUAGCUGCUGUCGAAAUUGGUUUUGAUCCUAAAACCAAUGAUUACAAGGUGUUCUUUUUCAAGGACUGCUCUUUUCUCAAAGAAGGUUAUCGUCAGGCUGCAGUAUAUCAUUUAAAUUCUAACUCAUGGAAAAAGCUAAGUGAUCCUUUGCUUGACCAUGUUUAUCUAUAUACUGCUCAAGAUUUUAAUACUGACACCUAUGUCAACGGAAAUGUUCACUGGUUGGCUUUUGAGCGCUACCCUGCAGGUCACUGUUGUGGUUUGUAUAUUCUUUCUUUUGACAUGGUCGGUGAAGUGCUGGCAAAGAUAGAGCUUCCUGCAGACUUGCGGAUUAAUUUUGAUGAAACUCUAUAUGCCGUUGCAGUGGUCAAUGAAUCCCUUUCUCUGAUUGUUUAUCCACAAAUUCUAGAUUAUCUUCGCCGGGAAAGAAGUUACACAAAAUGCUUUGACAUAUGUGUUAUGGAGGACUAUGGUAACGAAAGAUCUUGGACCAAGGAAUUCACAACCGGACCAGUUGAAGAUGCUGACAAACUACUAGGUAUUUGGCGAAAUGGCGAGUUUCUUAUAAAACAUAUGAAGGGAUACACCAUCUCUUACGACCCAAGUACCCAAAAGAUGGAGCAGCUUUGUUUUGGUGAAGGGCUUUAUCUGAACAAAUCAUGUAUCUACUCAGAAAGCCUAGUUUCAGUGACAGGGAAUGCACCAAGUGAUUAUGAAAUAGUAGUUGAAGACUUUCCCUUCGUCGUGACUCCAGACAUGGAGAGAAUCUUAGAUUAUCUAGAGAAAUGUCCAUCUUGUACCCGUUUAAGUUCUGAUUGA